GGUGGGGCGUGGGUGUUCUGGCCCCGCCCCGCCCCGCCCCCCGCCCGCCCCCCGCGCGCGGCCUUGUGGGUACCGCUCGUCGCCAGGUGACAAUUAAUGGCAGCGGCCUGAGGCGGGUGCUGGUGGCGGGACGUUCCGGGGCGCCGCUCCCCUCGCGAUCUCGGCUUUCCCGCGUGGCCCGGAGGCCCAGCGCGCCAUGGAUCGGCCGGUGGCGGUGGCGGCGGCCGCGGCGGCGGCGGCGGGCGGCGAAGGCGGCGGGGGCCCGGCGGGUGUCAGGAGGACCCCUCGGGUGGCGGGGUGCCCUGUAGCCGGCUCCCGACAGCCCAGCGUGGAGACCCUGGACAGUCCUACAGGAUCACAUGUUGAAUGGUGUAAACAGCUUAUAGCAGCUACAAUUUCUAGUCAGAUUUCAGGUUCAGUGACGUCAGAAAAUGUAUCCCGAGAUUACAAGGCCUUUGCCCUGCUCCUGCCCCAGCUCCUCUGGUUCGCUGCGGGUUUCCCAAACUACCUCCGAGGCUGGCUAGGCACCGCCAACGAAUACUGGCUUUGUCUGUUUUGGUUUCAUGCUCAGAAGGCUCUUAGGGAUGGGAAUAAACUGGCACAGAUGGAAGAAGCUCCGCUUUUCCCAGGAGAAUCCAUCAAGGCCAUUGUGAAAGAUGUCAUGUAUAUCUGCCCGUUCAUGGGAGCAGUGAGUGGGACCCUAACUGUGACAGACUUCAAGAUGUACUUCAAAAACGUGGAAAGGGACCCGCAUUUUGUCUUGGAUGUUCCCCUUGGAGUCAUCAGCCGAGUCGAGAAGAUUGGAGCGCAGAGCCAAGGAGACAAUUCUUGUGGCAUAGAGAUCGUGUGCAAGGAUAUGAGGAACUUGCGACUUGCUUAUAAACAGGAAGAACAGAGUAAACUGGGGAUAUUUGAAAACCUCAACAAACAUGCAUUUCCUCUUUCCACUGGCCAGACACUAUUUGCAUUCAACUAUAAAGAAAAGUUUCCAACGAAUGGAUGGAAAGUGUAUGACCCAGUAUUUGAAUAUAAGAGACAGGGCUUGCCAAAUGAGAGUUGGAAAAUCUCCAAAGUAAACAGUAAUUAUGAGCUGUGUGACACUUACCCUGCCAUCAUCGUUGUGCCUACCAGCGUCAAAGAUGAUGACCUUUCCAAAGUGGCAGCCUUUCGUGCGAAAGGCAGAGUCCCUGUAUUGUCCUGGAUUCAUCCAGAAACUCAGGCAGCAAUUAUCCGUUGCAGCCAGCCACUUGUGGGCCCCAGUGAUAAGCGCUGCAAAGAAGAUGAGAAAUACCUGCAGACAAUAAUGGAUGCAAACGCGCAGUCCCACAAACUUAUCAUCUUUGAUGCGAGGCAGAACAGUGUUGCAGACACCAACAAGGCCAAGGGCGGAGGGUAUGAGAGUGAAAGCGCUUACCCCAAUGCGGAACUCGUGUUCUUGGAGAUCCACAACAUCCACGUGAUGCGGGAGUCGCUUCGAAAACUGAAAGAGAUUGCGUACCCUUCCAUUGAUGAGACCCGGUGGCUGUCCAAUGUGGAUGGGACGCACUGGCUGGAGUACAUCCGGAUGCUCCUUGCGGGGGCAGUAAGAAUCGCUGAUAAGAUCGAGUCUGGGAAAACGUCGGUGGUGGUACAUUGCAGCGACGGCUGGGACCGCACUGCCCAGCUGACGUCUCUGGCCAUGCUGAUGCUGGACAGUUACUACCGUACCAUCAAAGGCUUUGAGGCUCUCAUAGAGAAGGAGUGGGUCAGCUUCGGCCAUCGCUUUGCUCUACGAGUGGGCCACGGCAAUGACAACCACGCAGAUGCUGACCGAUCACCUAUCUUCCUGCAGUUUAUUGACUGUGUCUGGCAAAUGAUGAGACAGUUUCCAUCAGCUUUUGAGUUUAAUGAACUAUUCUUGAUUACGAUUCUGGAUCACCUCUAUAGCUGCCUCUUUGGGACGUUCUUGUGUGACUCUGAACAGCAGCGACUCAAAGAGGAUGUGCAGACAAAGACUAUAUCUUUAUGGUCUUAUAUCAAUAGCCAGCUGGACGAAUUCUCCAAUCCUUUCUUUGUGAAUUACGAGUUCCACGUCUUAUAUCCUGUGGCGAGUAUGAGCCAUUUGGAAUUGUGGGUAAACUACUACGUGCGAUGGAACCCACGCAUGAGGCCUCAGAUGCCGAUCCACCAGAACCUGAAGGAGCUGCUGGCUGUACGCUCUGAGCUGCAGAAGCGUGUGGAAGAGCUGCAUCGCGAGGUGGCGGCUCGGGCCUCGUCUUCCUCCGAGCGGGGCUCGUCGCCCUCACACUCGGCCACCACCCCUGUGCACACAUCGGUGUGACCCCGAGGGCACCACCCCAUGCCAUGAGCUGUGACCUGGUCCCUUAGGGUUAGGCCCGGUGCCCUCCUGGGUGCCAUUUCCCACCAGCGACCGUGUAUGGCUGGGUAACAGUGUAAACUGUACAGUGCUCUCUGUGUUGUGAACACUCUUUUGCCUUCCUUCCCUCUGCGGGUGCUGGGGGUGUGGGCUGGGGGUCAGUCUCCCCUUCCCUUCCCUUCCCACAACCCCAGAACACCAAGCUCAAGGGGCUCUGCUCUGUUGUAUGACAGUGGCAUGCUUGGUGGCCAGCAGAGGUGGCCUUCUGUCUCCAGUCAUCUCCCUGCCCAGGUUUUUCCACACCAGUCAGGAGUGGGUGUAUAGAGAAGGUAUUUUUAAAAGAGAAACAUGCCUUUAUUUUCCUAUGCCCACUGUGUGACAAGUUCUGCCCCAGCGAGAUGCCAUUGCAUCCGGUCAUUUUCUGGCUGUGCCUCUGGCCUCGGCUCACUGGUUCUGUCUCCUGAGGGGACCCACGCCAUGAGUGAUGCUGGUGUGGCUUCCCUGGCUUGGUCUGUGGCCUGCGAAGGGGAGCGAGGAUGCCUCGACUCCACUCCUGUGGCAGUUACACUGCUGUUUGGUUCGAAACAGGUUUUUUCACCUGCAUGGCUGAGCCUGCCAUUGUGAACAUGUGUCCCCUCAGCCUCCUGCUUCCCCACCUUCACUCCCUGACCCGAGUGCCAUCAGAUGGACCCCACUGUGCGCCAGACCCCCUUCCUCAGGGCCCCUCUUCUGCAUGGGCCCAAGCAGACCGCACCCAAGGUGGCAGAUGUUAGGCCCAGGCCUAUACAUUGACCUUAUUUUUGAAACAGUGUUCUUGAAGCAAGUUUUUUAAAUGGUGAAAUACUUAGAGAAUAGAUGUUUUUCAACUUUCAGCCUUCUAAGUCUUCUGAAAAAAAAUUUUUUUUUUUUUUUGCUAUCACUUACUCAAGGUUACCUGAUAACUGGGAAUCAGUUCUCCCGUUUCAUCAUCUGGGGAGUUUGAUUCUAAUGGAGCAUCACUGAUAUCAGCCUUGAGUCUCAGCUGGGGUGAGAGCUCCUCAUGGAGUGAGUUGCUGUGAUGUGAGAUGGGAACGGUUACUACUCUUUCCAGAAGUGCCACUCACCCGCUGCUGCACUGGGACUGUGGAGCUGGGAUGGACUGGAUGGCGAGAGAGGGCUCCAGAACGCCCACCUGGCCGGACCAUAGCACUUAGGGGCCCCUUUCUGUCCCUGGAGCAGAAUGUGCUCCAACUACCUGACAUCUAGUUUGUGACUUAAGCAAUUCUCAUGUCCAGUUCUGAUUAACUGUCCUAGAGUAUACAACCUCUCCAGGUGAGUUUGAGAACUGGUACAAUACUGUUUCUGCUGCCUCGAAUGCGCGGUUCUCCAGAGUGAUUAAAUUGUCAACCCGUG